AGCUGCUUGUUGAACUUUAAAAAUUGUUCUCGUUGUUGACAAGACUUGGAAAGUUAACUUGAGCGUUGGGUUGUCUAGAGCUUAUCAAUUUGCAAUUCCACAACCAAAGAGAAAAUUUGCAGUUUCCUUUACCCAAACGAGAGAGAUCUGAGCUCAUCAUUUGUAAUGGAAUCGGAGGGUGGUGAAAGAUAAUUUUUGGAUGUGUUGAAAGUUUGAAACACAGAGAGAUCAGAGCUUUUUGUAUAUAUUUUUGAUUUUGAUAGGGUUAGUAAUACUCCUUACUACUCAUAUACAAGGUUGUUUUAUUUAGAUUGAUAUUCGAUUCAUUACAGUGUUGCUGAUCGAUGGAGAUGGAGAUGAAAAGAAAGGGAAAAAUGGUAAUAAGUCCUCCCCGAUCUACAAAAGUCAAUGAUACUGAAAUUUUGGGAGGCGAAUAUGAAGUCUUCUUGAGUUGUAGAAGCUCAAACACUUGCCAGGCAUUCUCCGAUUACCUGUACAAUCAUCUCAUGGGCGUACGAGUUGGCACCUUUUGGGACGAUAAAGAUCAUGCCCGAGGAGAAAACAUUGGACCAGCGCUCCCAAUGGCAGUCAAGGUGUCGAAGAUCUCCAUCCCUAUAUUCUCCAGAAAUUAUGCCUCCAGUACAUGGUGCCUCCGUGAGCUCACCCAGAUGGUGGAGUGCAAGAGAACCACAGGACAAUUGAUUCUUCCCAUCUUCUACGACGUCCUACCCUCUGAUGUGAAGCUUCAAUCUAGGUGUUACAAGGAAGCAUUUAGCGAGCACGCCCAACAUUUCCACAUUAAAACUGUUAAGGCAUGGAAGAGGGCAUUGAGAGAGGUUGGAGACCUCAAGGGUUGGGACAUGAUGAAAGAACCUGACAGGUCUGAAGAACUAAAAUUUAUAAAAGAGAAUAUUGUUCCUAAAAUAUUGCUGGAGCUAAAGAAGAACUUCAUGGUUGCAACUGACAUCUUGGUUGGAAUGGAUCACCACCUUGAAGAAAUGAUGAGAUUAUUAGACGUCGUCUCCAAUGAAGUACGAAUAGUUGGUAUCCAUGGCAUUGGUGGUAUUGGCAAGACAACUACUGCCAAAUUUAUCUACAACAAGCUUCUCAAGUGUUUUGAAUGUUGUAGUUUUCUGGCAGAUGUUCAAGAAAGGAUGCAACAACCCAAGGGAGUUAGUGGUUUACAGAAACAACUUCUGUCUGACACCCUAAAAAGUUGUCCUGAAAUUGCUGAUGUUGAUAGUGGAAUUGACUUGAUUAAAAACGUAGUUGUCAAAAAGAAAGUUCUCAUUGUUCUUGAUGACGUGGAUGCAAGCUCGCAUUUUACCACGCUUGUGGGAAAGCGUGAUUGGUUUCAUUCAGGGAGUAGGAUCAUAAUUACAACUAGAGACAUACAUGUUUUAGAUGAUCUUAAAGUGGAUGCGACUUAUGAACUUCCAUUAAUGGAUCAUGUGCAAUCUCUCCAACUUUUCAGCAUGCAUGCAUUUAGAAAGAAGUGGCCUAUAAAUGAUUAUUUAGAUAUUUCUAUGGAUGUUGCAUCUACUGCUGCAGGGCUUCCUCUGGUUCUUGAGGUUAUAGGUUCGUUUCUAUCUAGCAUGGAGAAAGCGGUAUGGGAGGAUACAUUGAAGAAAUUGGAGAAAUUGCCACAUGAUGAAGUCAUUAAAAAGUUGAGAGUAAUUUAUGAAGCAUUAAAUUUUGCACAACAACAGAUAUUUCUCGAUAUUGCUUGUCUUUUUACUGGAAUGUAUAAAGCAGCUGCAUUUUACAUGUGGGAUGAUUGUGGCUAUCAUCCAAAAAGGGAACUGAAUGUCCUCCUUCUCAUGUCUCUAAUGAAAGUGGGAGAUCCUAAUGAGCUGAAAAUGCAUGAUCAGUUUAGAACUCUUGGUAGGAAAAUCAUAUGUGAAGAAAAGAUUCGGGGAAAUCGUAGUAGGUUGUGGAAUCAUGAGGAAGCAUUGAACUUAUUGGAGGGACGAAGGGGAACAGAAAAGGUCGAAGCCCUAUGUCUUCAUUUUGAAUUAGGACCUGAAAAGAAGCCUCGUUUUACAAGUAAGGAAUUUGCAAAACUAGUGAAUCUAAGGUAUCUCCGAGUGGAUGGUGUGGACCUUGUUGGGGAUUUUGAGCAUCGUCUGCCCCGGUUAAGAUGGCUUAAUUGGCGCAGUUGCCCUCCUCAUUUUAAACCAACUAAUUUCUAUACGAAGAAUCUAGUCGUUCUUGAUCUAUCGAAUAGUGGCAUCACAGAAGACUGGGGGGGUUGGAAUCAAAUCAAGGUGGCAAAAAAAUUGAAAGUUCUACAACUGGCUAAUUGUGCUUUAAGGAGAACGCCAGACUUAUCAUUCUAUGCAGCUUUAGAGAUAUUGAUUCUUCAACGCUGUAAAAGUUUGGUCGAAGUCGACCGAUCCAUUGGUAAUCUGAAGAAUUUAAAAGUGUUUGACAUUUCAUAUACUGAUAUAAGGAAUAUACCUGAAGAAAUUUGGAUGUUGGAGAAGCUGGAAGUAAUAGAUUUCACACAUUGUAGUUAUUUAAAGGGGCACAUUCCUAGUAAUAUAGGGAACCUAACAUCUUUGAGAUUCUUAAGCUUUUAUGAUACCAAAAUUCAAAGCAUACCAACAAGCAUUGGGGAGCUCUCUUGCCUUCAAACCCUUAAAUUAGGAGGUUGCACAGAGCUUCAAUCACAGCCUUCGCUUCCCUCAAGUUUAAGGGUUCUUUAUGUCACUGCUAUCCAUAAUCUUGAAAAUUUUGUUAAUUUACAGGAAUUGCACUUUGUUGGGUGCUGUGUGUAUGUGAAAAUUCCUAGAGAUAUUUGGUUAUUAUCCAAAUUGGAGAAAUUGACCUUGGAUUCUACCAACAUUAGGACCCUACCAAAAGAGAUCGACGCCCUUUCUCAGCUUAAGGUGCUCGAUGUACAAUAUUGUCACGGUCUUCAAUUUAUACUGGGGUUGCCUUCAAGUCUAGUUGAUUUAUCUCUUGCAUUCUGUUCUUCACUGGAAAGAUUGCCCGAUCUGUCAAAUUUGAAAAAUUUGUCGAGAUUGUCGGUUAGAAGUUGCAAUAGGCUGACAGAGGUUCAAGGACUUGGAAAUUUGGAAUCGUUGACAAGGUUGGACAUAUAUGCAUGUGAUAUGCUAGCUAACCUUAUCCUGCAUGAACAGUCACCAUGCUUAUUAUCCUUGACAUCAUUGAAAUAUAUGGAUUUGCAUGGUUGCAAUAAUGUAGGUGAGAUUGAGUGUGAUGAGGCUUUGAAAUGUUCGGUGGAAAUGAACCUGUCAGUGCACCACUCUGCAUUAAGCAGGUCUCUCCAAAAGCGUAAAGAAAGAUUGAGCAUACAGGAGGCAAGCGGUGAUGCGACGGACUUCACAUGGUCUGACCAUGCGGAGCAGCACCGAGAGAGUGAAGAGAAGAAACCCAAUGCGAAUCAUUGGAUGAAGGACGGAAUAAAUGAGCUGGACUUUAACUUUUUCUCGCUGGAGGAAGUUCGAUCGAUCGAACCUUAACUUGGAUCGAUCGAAAAUGGGUUCGACUCCCAUGGUCUGACUAUGCAAAGCAAAACCAGGAGAGUGAAGAGAAGAAGCCCAAUGCAAGGGACUAUUUCCCAUGGUCUGACGAUUCAAAGCAGCACCAAGCGAGUGAUAUCCAUGUCUCUAUCCGUACCGGCUUACUAAGACGAACCUGGUAAAAAAGCAUCAUUGUGGGAUGCACAACACUCUUAGGAUUGCUUGACUACUUGGAGUAUUUUUGUAUGUUAGAAUAUGCACUUGUUAGCAUAUCAUGCUCCAUUCUUGUUUAUUUUGACAAAACAUGUAUUUAAUGUUCAAACUAUGUAAUGAGUACUUAAGUACACCUUUUAAUCCUCCUUAGUUGUGUAUGUAAUGAGGCCAAGGGAAAAGAUACUUAUAUGCUAUGUAUGUUACUUUAUUUUCAUAGUUUGUUUAUGAAGUUUAAGGGGUUUUAUGCC